AUGGGGCCAGCAGAAUCUUACUACAUGAUUGAUGUUGAUGUGAGAUUCUUUGACUCGUCUCUUGUCAACUAUUUACGAAAUCUGGUCACAACUAUCAACCUUCCUCUCACUCUGGACAACAACAUAAAUGUCACAGAUUUCAACAUGACUACUGUGUGUGGAUUAAAUGGCACAGAAUAUGAGUGUAAGUGUGAGGAGCAUCAUGUCUGGUCCAAUGACACCUUUGAGGUCUAUCAGGUGUGUGAUGGGAUUGUGGGAGGAACUUGUGGAUGUAUUCAAGGUCUCGCUUCAGAGGGUCAACUUUGCCAGAGAGAUGUGGAUGAAUGUGUUGAGAUUCCUGAGAUCUGUGGUCCAAACUCAAUCUGCAACAACACUGCUGGGAGUUACAAUUGUUUGUGUAUGAGUGGAUAUAAUGUAACAGACCCGAACCUCCCUAUAAGCUUCAGUAACCCAUGCACAGAUGUGGAUGAAUGUGUUGAAAUUCCUGAGAUCUGUGGUCCAAACUCAAUCUGCAACAACACUGAUGGGAGUUACAAUUGCUUGUGUAUGAGUGGAUAUAAUGUAACAGACCCGAACCUUCCUAUAAACAUCAGCAACCCAUGCAGAGAUGUGAAUGAAUGUGAUGAGAUUCCUGAGAUCUGUGGUCCAAACUCAAUCUGCAACAACACUGCUGGGAGUUACAAUUGCUCGUGUAUGAGUGGAUAUAAUGUAACGGACCUGAACCUCCCUAUAAACAUCAGUAACCCAUGCAGAGAUAUUAAUGAAUGUCUUGACCAAUCAUCAGUGUGUGGGCUGAACGCUUACUGUCACAAUUACAAUGGAAGUUACUCGUGCUCUUGUUGGGAAGGAUAUAACAUCACUGAUGCAUCUCAAAAUAUUAGUAACAGUAACCCAUGCACUGAUGUGAAUGAAUGUGUUGCGAUUCCUGAGGUCUGUGGUCCAAACUCAAUCUGCAACAACACUGAUGGGAGUUACAAUUGCUCGUGUAUGAGUGGAUAUAAUGUAACAGACCUGAACCUCCCUAUAAACAUCAGUAACCCAUGCACAGAUCUGAAUGAAUGUGUUGCGAUUCCUGAGGUCUGUGGUCCAAACUCAAUCUGCAACAACACUGCUGGGAGUUACAAUUGCUCGUGUAUUAGUGGAUAUAAAGUAACAGACCCGGACCUCCAUAUAUACAUCAGUAACCCAUGCACAGGGUCAGAUUGUAUCACAGUGGACCAUAAAAUUCAAAUGGAUAAUUGUAAGGAUGAAAUCUUUACAUGUCGACUCAAGGGUUUAAAGCAACUUAAUAAAUACAGUUAUAGCAUGAGAAGUGUCACAGUAAAGACAAGCAUAGAAGCUGCAGAAUUUGAAUGUGAAGAUAACAAACUUGGAUUUGGAAGAACAAAUAACACGACUGAAGGACUCUGUGACAUUGGCAGUGAAGGAAGCAAAACAUAUACAUGCAAAUCAAGUGAAUGGAAACUAACGCAGGACAACUGUGUACUCAAAGUGAUCAAAGAUCUUGAGAGCAAAGCUCAGGUCUUGGUUGUAGGUGACAUCCCAGAGUUCAUGGCAAACCUCAGUAUCGCUGCGGAGCAGAAUAAUGCUAAUAUAACACAGUCUGCUGCGACUGUCCAAUCAAUUGUUGACAUACUUUUCAAAAUUGCUGAUUUGUCAAAAAGCAUUACCAUCAAUAAACCUGUAAUGGAGAAUUUCCUAAAAACAGUGGACAUCAUUGUGUCAGAUAAUUCCAGCAAUACUUGGAAAAAUUUGAACAAUAGAACCACGACAGGAAACACCAGCAGCGUUAAACUUCUGCAAGCUAUUGAGAAUAUAAGUGAUCGACUGUCAGCUGUAAAUUUUACAUUAACUCAAUCCUCCAUUCAGUUGAUAAGAAUUCAAAUUCAGAACUCCUUCAAUGCAAUUUCCCAACUGCCCAACUCAACUACACAGAUUGUGAUACCAAAUGUUCCUGAAUCAACCUAUAUAACUCUUAUUGUCUUCACAAAACUUGACAACGUUUUACCAACUCGUAAUACUUCUAAUAAGGACAGCAGGACAUCAGAAAACAGCAUCAAUGGAGACGUGGUUGUUGUUAAGGUUGAUAAAACAAUUAGCAACAUUUCAUUUACUUUCGACAUUACAGAUACAACAUUAAAAAAUCCUCAGUGUGUCUUUUGGAACUUUUCUUUGGACCGAUGGGAUUCCAAUGGAUGUAAAGUCAAGCGCUCAUGGAAUGAAACAAUUACAUGUGAAUGCGACCACACAACCUCUUUUUCAAUCCUAAUGUCACCUUUUGCAGUUGAUAACCCAGCCUUAGACUAUAUAACAUACAUUGGUGUAGCUAUUUCAAUAGCCAGCUUGAUUCUGUGCCUCAUUAUUGAGAUGAUCGUAUGGAAGUCAAUACAAAGAAAUGUCACAUCAAUACAAAGAAAUGACACAUUGUACAUGCGUCACGUCUCAAUAGUCAACAUCGCUGUGUCUUUGCUGAUUGCAGACAUCUGUUUUAUCUGUGGAGCUGCAAUUCCAGAACAUGAGCAGUCCAGUCGUUGCAGUCCAGUGGUUUUCUUCAUGCACUUUUUUUACUUGGCUGUUUUUUUCUGGAUGUUCAUUUUAGCACUUUUGCUGCUUUACCGUAUUGUCAUAGUUUUGUCUCAAUUGUCAAGGGUUAAAAUGAUGAUCAUUGCCUUCGCAGUUGGUUAUUGUGCACCUUUGCUUAUAGCGGUUAUUACUGUUGCAUCCACAGCUGGAGCUGGUAGAUAUAUUUGGAUGAGAGAUGCAUGUUGGCUGAACUGGUUUGAAUCGAAGGCACUGCUGGCAUUUGUGAUUCCAGCCCUGACCAUCAUUGCCUUUAACCUCCUGGUUUUGAUUGUGGUUGUGUGUACACUAUUAAGAAGAGGAGUUGGUUCUCAACCAGAAAUGAAACAAACUGUUGUGGUCAUUGCCCGAUGUGUGGCCAUUCUGACUCCUAUCUUUGGUCUAACAUGGGGAUUUGGCAUUGGAACCAUGUUGUCACCUAACUUUGGCAUUCAUGUGGUGUUUGCAAUACUCAAUUCACUGCAGGGGUUCUUUGUUUUGGUGUUUGGAACGCUUUUAGACAAAACGGUCCGUGAGUCACUAUCAGGAAAGCUGUCAUUAAAGAAUAACAGUUCGACUCGUACCAUGAGUUGCUCUCAGUUUGAUUCUGAACUACUCUUGAGCUAA